CUCCCUCCCCACAGAGUGACCGAUGCCAUUGCACAUAUAGUUGAUAACAAUGUUGAAUCUAGACGAAACAAUAGAGAAUAUUAAACUAUGCAAGCAUAUCCCCGAAGAAGAUGUCGAGGAACUAUGUACAAAAGUAAUUGAACUAUUGAUUGAAGAGGCAAACAUCCAACAUGUAGAUACUCCAGUAACUAUUUGUGGAGAUAUCCAUGGACAGCUUCAUGACUUACUUACAUUAUUCAAAACUGGAGGUGAAUGUCCUCAAACUCAAUAUUUAUUCCUAGGAGAUUUUGUGGAUCGAGGGUUUUACUCCCUCGAAAGUUUCUUACUACUUAUGAGUUUAAAAGUACGAUAUCCGGAUAGAAUAACAUUGAUUAGAGGUAAUCAUGAAUCAAGACAAAUCACUACUGUAUAUGGAUUUUACGAUGAAUGUGUAAGAAAAUAUGGAUCAGUUAAUGUAUGGCGUUACUGUUGUGAAGUCUUUGAUUACCUUUCCUUAGGAGCCAUUGUUGGUGGCAAAGGUGGAGUAUUUUGUAUUCAUGGAGGUUUAAGUCCUGAUAUUGAUUCAAUCGAUCAAAUAAGAAUCUUGGAUAGAAAGCAAGAAGUUCCUCACGAAGGAGGAAUGUGCGAUUUAUUAUGGUCAGAUCCAGAAGAUGUAUCUGGUUGGGCCAUUAGUCCUCGUGGAGCUGGGUUUCUAUUUGGUGAAAAUGAAGUAAAGAAUUUCCUUCGUAUAAAUGAUAUUUCUUUGAUAGCGAGAGCUCAUCAAUUGGUAAUGGAAGGUUAUAAGGAAAUGUUUGAUCAAGGUUUGGUAACGGUUUGGUCGGCUCCGAACUACUGUUAUAGAUGUGGUAAUAUAGCGUCUGUACUUACGAUUGAUGAUAAUUUGAAUCGAGAUUAUAAAGUAUUCGAAGCAGCAACCCAGGAUGUUAGUGCUAUACCCUCGAAGAAGCCUGCUGUGGAAUAUUUCAUAUGAUAUUUUGGAAUGAUAUCAUGUUCUUAUUAUGUAUUUAAUUAUGUAUUUGUAUUAAAAUAAAUUAAUCGUUUUAGGGAAUUUAGAUGACAUAUUGUAAGUUAUUUACUAAAAGAGUGUAAUUGUAGUAAA